GUUCUAGAAAGUUUUAAGAUCAUGGAUUACAGUCUGCUACUGGGAAUCCACAUACUGAACAGUAACCUGAAGGAAAGAGAGGGAGAAAGUUCCCAGAAUGCAUCAGACACAAAACGUCCUGGGGGGCAGAAAGUUCUCUAUUCCACAGCCAUGGAGUCUAUACAGGGCUCUGGGAAGUCUGGGGACUUGGUCACCACAGAGACAACAAACACAAUGGGAGGUAUUCCAGCUAAAAGCCAUAAAGGAGAAAAGCUGCUUCUAUUUAUGGGUAUUAUUGAUAUUCUCCAGUCUUAUAGGUUAAUGAAGAAACUGGAACAUUCUUGGAAAGCUCUUGUUUAUGAUGGGGACACUGUUUCAGUUCACCGACCAAGUUUUUAUGCAGACAGAUUUUUAAAGUUUAUGAGUACAAGAGUUUUCAAGAAAGUUCAAGCUUUAAAGUCUUCUCCUUCAAAGAAACAGUGCAAUUCCAUCACAGCCCUAAAGGCACAAUCACAAGAAAUAGUGUGUGCAGUUAGCCAGGAGUGGAAGGAUGAAAAGUGUGGCAUCCUUGCUGAAGGACAAAGCUACGCCAGCCUUGAUGAAGAAGUACUAGGUUCACGCCACCGGCCAGAUCUAGUGCCAAGCACUCCAUCUCUGUUUGAAGCAGCUUCCUUAGCAACCACAAUUUCUUCUUCUUCCUGGAACGUAGAUCAGCAUUAUCAAUGUGAUCAACCAACGCUCGUUUCUAGCAGAAGGGGGUUGCCGUCGAGUUCAACAUUCACUUUAGAAGACAGUGCCAUCUGUUUGACUUCAGAACAGAGCACACUGGAAAUGGAAAAUGAUAAUGCUUCAGUUUUGGAUGUCUACUUAUAACAAAGAAUACACGAAGAGUAACACAAAGAGAAGUGACCUUGGUUAAUGAAGAGCAGUUUCUGCACUCCUGAUUUAAGAAGGAGGAAUUUGCUGAGCCUAACAGACAAAGAGUAAUAGUCAACUGAACAUAUUCUAAGAAGUGUCAGGAUCUUUGAACCAUAGAAAGGAUUGAUUGACAUGGCAAAAAUUACGUGAAACAUUCCACACUCUGCUGUCAUCUGCUGUUGCUUGCUGAACUGUGAAGAACUGUGUAUUCAGGCUGCUUUCUGAUAUAUUGCCAAUCACCUUUUUUGGACUUGAAAGUGAUAUUUUCUUAUCAGCUCUCUAGUGGUUUCAUUUGCAUGCAUUCUGUAACUAUGCACAAGCAAAAUCUGUUAUCUGCUUUACCUAUUCAAAAAUAAGCACAGUGGUGAAUAAAAUUAAUUUAAUUUGUUUUGACACUUCAGCUCGAAUCACUUAGGUCCACGUCAGUAGAAACUGGAACUGGUGUCAUACAGGAGUUAAGGUAAACCUCUGCACAUACUGUAUGAAAAUAAGCCUGUAAAGAUAAUUCCACUGUUGGUGAAAAGGAAGAAAAAGUUAUUUAUAACAAGGCCUUAUGUUGUGUACAUAUAUUGUCUUUGAAAUAUUUUUGAUCUUAGUUUAUUUCUUGUAAAAGAGAAAUUAUAUAAUUUAUUUAGUAAAUACUAGUGUAAACUAUAGUUUUAUUGAUGAAUAAAAUAUUUUGUUCUCAAGACU